AGGCUGGUGCCGCUGAGUCCGGUGGCUGAAGCCGGCAUGAAGAUCACCAGGCAGAAACAUGCCAAGAAGCACCUCGGCUUUUUCCGCAACAAUUUCGGAGUCCGCGAGCCCUACCAGAUCCUUGUGGACGGCACUUUCUGCCAGGCGGCGCUGCGGGGUCGCAUCCAGCUGCGGGACCAGCUGCCCCGCUACCUCAUGGGAGAGACCCAGCUGUGCACCACGAGAUGUGUGUUAAAGGAGUUAGAAACACUGGGAAAGGAGUUAUAUGGAGCAAAACUGAUUGCACAGAAAUGCCAGGUUCGAAACUGUCCUCAUUUCAAGAGCCCAGUGAGUGGGUCUGAAUGUCUCCUGUGCAUGGUAGAUGAGGGGAACCCUCACCAUUAUUUUGUGGCCACACAGGAUCAGAACUUAUCUGUGAAAGUCAAGAGAACUCCUGGGAUUCCUCUCAUGUUCAUUAUUCAGAACACUAUAGUGUUGGACAAGCCUUCUCCCCGAACAGUGGCCUUUGUGAAGGCAGUGGAGGCAGGCCAGCUGGUCUCAGUGCACGAGAAACAAAGUAUCAAGCAGCUCAAGGAGGAGCAAGGGCUGGUGCGGAACCCAGACCUGAGGAGGAGGAGGAGGAAAAAGAAGGUGGGCGGCCCCAAUCCUCUGAGCUGCCUGAAGAAAAAGAAGAAAACACAGGAUACAAAGUCCCCUGCUCCGGAGAAGAAAAGGAAGAGGAAACGGAUUCGGAAGAGAUCCACCCCAAAAGUGUCUUCUGAGCAGCCUGGUGCAGAGGGCUGAUGUGUGUGGAGAUACUGGGAAGACAGUGGGAACUGACUUCCUGCUCAAACUGGGAAAAUGUGUAUACCAGAGGACUAACUUAUUGUUGUAAAAUAAUACUGCUACAAACACUUUUGCCAAAAUUAAAGACUGGUUAGGUUUGUCA